AUGACCACAAAUAGUGUGGGAUCCGAAAAAACCUCUGUACAAGUAGGUGAUUUGUCAGCUGCAGGUCAAAGUUUACGGCCUGGUACACCUUCCAAACUUGAAUCAAAAUUCGGUGCUCUGAAAGGGUGCGACAAAUUUAAAUUAAACCAUUUAUUGUUUUUAAAACGAACCUCCGCUCUUAAUGAGCGUGCUAAAGAAGGUAUAUCAAUCAAUUCUGGUUUGCUUGCAUUGGGUAAUGUGAUUUCAGCAUUAGAAAUUGGCUGGAAUGAUUUAGAACAUUUACAAUCUCUUGUUUUGAAAUUAAGAAUUGAAAUAAAAAAUCUAAAAUCUGGUUCUAAUAGUAACAAUGGUUCUAAUAAUAGUUCUGGUAGAAAUACUCCCACUCACAAUGAAAAGGAUGGUUCUACCGGCUUACAACCCCCUCAACUAAAGCGUCUUAAUUCUUCUCUUUCAAUAAAUUCAAAUGGUAGCGGUAGUUUGACUUACCAUAAAAGUGAUAAAGAUGUUGAUGCUUUAGAAGAAAAACUUUCCCUAUUACAAAGUUCUUACGUUGAAUUAUCUCAGAGAUAUGCGAAACAAUCUGCUGCGCUUGCUUUACAUCAAGACAACUCCGAUAACGUGGAUGGAAAUCCUCGUCAACUUUCAUCAGAGGAAAAGGAAAGUAUUUUAAAACAAGCAGCUGCAAGUUUUCAAGAAGCUGUUGAACCGGUGAUUGAAGAAUAUGAAAAAUCAACAUCCGCUUUGGAAAGCAAACUUGCUGUGGCACACGCAGCUUUGAAUCACACAGAAAAUAUGAUGAAUGAUCAAGAAAUGAGAAUCGAGAUUGCCGAACAAGCUAACGAACAAAGCAAGAACCAAAUAAAUGAUUUGAAAAACAAGAUUUCUCAGUUUUGUGAACGUUAUAUUCAUGAACUUGAAACACGUUUGGCUUCAAGCGAGGAGGAACUAAAGAAAUUUGUAAAGAAUGUCGAAAAACUUGAAAAGCAUCUACAACAAAGAGAACAACAAUGCACAGAAUUGGAGAUCAGGUUAAAGGAUUCUACUUCAGAGGAAGAAAAGAAAUCAUUAUUAAAUCAAAUUAAUGAUCGUGAUUGUAGAAUCGCUCAACUUGAGCAAAAGGUUGAUGAUCUUGCUCGUGAAUUAGAUUUGUUGAAGCGACAAAGCGAACAAAAGGUUGAUGAUCUUGCUCACGAAUUAAAUGCGUUGAAGCAACAAAGCGAACAAAAAGAAAACAUAAAUGAUCAAAUUUCACAAGAAAUAACCACGUCAGGUUUAUCUCCGGCAUCAGAAGAUGAUAGAUUAUAUCAUUUUUCACCAAUUCUAGGAAAAAUGUCAUUGAAAGAUGAACAAGAUCGUUUGGCUGUUGUGGCUUUGGAACAAAAACUAUCCGAAUUACAAAAAACACACGAAAAAACCGUCCAAGAAUUUUCAGAAAUCAAAUCUAAACAUGAAUCAUGUAUUCAAGAAAUUCAAGAUCUUCAAUCACAACUAUCCGAAUCAAGAAUGGCUGAUUCAGGGAUCCUUGACGAUCUCAAAUCUACCACACCAUCAACACCAGCUACUCCAAUGACGCCCUACAGUAUUCAUGGUGGUCAAAACCCUAUAAGAAUGUCUCUUCCCCCGAUAAAUUUAAAUGAAAUUAAAGAUAACAGCGAGCCUAAACAUGGUUUACACCGUAAAACACAAUCAUUAUCAAAUGAGAUGAAAGAAUUUGAGCAAUAUGACGCCACCCACCUUUCCAUGAUUCAACGUUUACAAAAUGAGCUUAAGCAGCUCGAAUCACUAAAUGAAGAUAAAGGUUCUGGCCUGGAAGCUGUUAAACAAGAAUUUGCUCGUUUAGAAAUGAAUCAUCGCCAAACACUUGAAACUGUUGAAGAACUUCGCGAAGAAAUAAAAAGGCGUGAUGCAAUUGCGCAAUCAGAAGCAUCAUCAGUCAUCACUUCAGAAAGUAAUAGUAAGAAUAAUAAUUCUGCCAUAUCUUCCGAGCUUGAUGAACUUGAUAUUAUUAAUAGGAAUCGUGAAGAGGCUGAACAAAAAAUAGAGCUUAUAAGUGAAUUGGAACGUGUAAAGAAAGAUUAUGGUUUACAAGAGCAACUUGUAAUUUCUCUUGAAAAGGAAUUGAACAUGAUGAGACAAGAAUUAAAAAAGGAAGUAGAAGAAAUUAACGAGAAAAAUACAAACGAGCUUGAAUCAUUGAAAAAAUCGUUGGAGAAUGCAUUGAAACAGCGAGAUGAAGAACAAAAAAAUGUUAACAAAUUAGAAAUCGAAAUUAAGGCAUUGAGGGAAUUUGAUUCAAACGAUGACGAAAGUUUAAAUGAGCUUAGGGAACAAUUAAUCAACUCAACAUUAGAAAACGAGGAAAAAAAUAAAUUGAUAACUGAGCUUAAUAAUCAAUUAACAAAUGCUGAAAAGGAACAUGAACUUAAAAUCCAACAGGUGAAUGAACUAACAAGAGCCCUUGAGAACAAAGAGCUAGAAUAUAAAGAAAUCAUUGAAUCGUUACAUUCUAAGAUUAUGAAUUUAGAAUCUCAGCUUGAAGAAUUAAAAAAAUCAUCGCAAACUGGUCAAAAUAACAUUUCUAAUCUUGGAAAUCAAUUAGCUAAGGCAGAAACUCAACUUGAAGAAUUUAAAGAAUCAGAAGGAAAUAAAAAAUAUAUAGCGAAUGAUCUUGAAGAAAAAUUAAAGGAAGUAAAUAUUGCUUUAAGCGAGAAAGAAAAAUUACUUUCAACUAAAGAUUCACAAAUUGCCGAGCUGGAAUCCAUUGUUCAAAAAAAUAGAUUGGAACAUGAAAAUGCAAAAUUAUCUGAAACUGCUCAAGCCGAUUUAGUUAAAGACCUUCAAUCACAACUUGGCGAGUUGGAGAAAAAAUUAGAAGACAAUAAAAAUUCAUCUUCCCCUGAAUUGAUAGCAUCCAAAGAGUCAGCAGCGAAGAAUGCAAAACUUGUUGAAGAGUUAAAAGCCAAGUUAGAAUUUUUGGAAAAAGAAUUGCCUACAACUGUGAAAACAGGUAUUGACUCGGUAACUUUGACGAGCGCAGAAUUAGAAGAAAUCAAGCGUUUAGAAGUUACUCAAGAAGCUUUAAUUAAAGACUUGAAAACUGAACUGGAAGAAAAACAAGAUUCUUUGAGUAAAUUAGAAGAAACAGUACAACAAAUUAAUGGAGAACUUGAAAGUGUUAGAACGUCUGAAAAUAAUAAAUCUGAAUUUAUAAACACUUUGGAAAUGAAGUUAAAAGAAGCUGAAAAUAAUUACAGUACGGAAACUUUGAAAUUGAAAGAUGCUAAAGAUGAAAUAGAGGAUCUUAAGAGGCAGUGUAAAACAUUAGAAAAUCAACUUUGUGUUUUCCAAAAAGAUAAUGAUGAAACUGUUGAUGAUAAUGCUGUGGUUGAAGAUCUUACAAAUCAACUUAAAAAAGCACAUGAUGAAAUUAAAGAAUAUCAAGACCAUCUAAAAGAAUUAGAAAAUAUUUCUAAACAAGUUGAGGCCGAUAAAAAUAAUCAGAUUGACGUAAAUGUAGAUCUUACACACCAAAUUAAGAACCUUCAAAAAGAACUUGAACGUAUGGCAGAAGAACUCACCGAAUCCACAACAGAAAAUGAAAGCAUUAAGACGCUUUCACAAAAACAAAAAGAUCCAAAUGAGGAUUUAAAACAAAAGAAUAACGAACUUGGUGAAACAAUAAAGGUUUCAGAAGAGAGAGUAGUAUUACUAACAGAAAACGUUAAAAUACUAGAAAGUGAAGUUGAACGAUUAAAAUCUGUUGGAUCUAAAGGUUUUACUGCUGUAAGCGUUGAUGAAUUAAAAAGUAAAAUAAGUGAGCUUGAAGCUGAAAAAGAAGGAUUGGAGGAAGCUAAUAAAGCAUUCUGUGAAGAGCGUAAGAAGCUCGAUCAAAAAUUAGAUUCAUUAUUGAAACAGUUACAAACAGCAGGGCGUGAAGGUAAUAAAGGAGCAGCACAAUUAUCAGAAUUACAUGCUAGGCUGACAGAAAUUGACCAAGAAUAUAAUAAUUAUAAACAAAAGUCUAUAACUGAUAUUCAAGAGAUGGAGUCAGAGAUUACAAGAUUAAUUGAUGUAAAUCAACAACUUGAAAAAGAAUUAAGUAAAAUAAAUUCAAACAUACUAACCCCAGAUAAUGUAUCGAUCAAGUCAAGAAGCAGCGUGACAUCAUUUGAUGUUGUACCACAUUCACCUGGUGCAUCCCGAGCCAAUAAUUUAGAUAGCACAGCUAAAACCAAACUUAAUCGACAAGAAAAUAAGAUCAUACAACAAAGCAAUAUUAUUAAAGUUCUUCAAGAUAAAGUUAUGGAACUUGAACGUAGAUUAGUAGAGGAAACUUCUCGUCGUAGAAGACCUUCAAAUGCCAGUGGAAUCUCUGUAUCAGAUGUUGAUAAUUCAAGAUUAUCCACCAUGUCCACAGUAUCUAAUAAUUCUUCUUCAGACGCACUAAAGAAACCACCACAUUCAUCGCGACCUGAUUCUAAUACAGAGGUUACAGUAGAAAUUCAAAAAUUACAAAAGAAAUUAGCCAGAUUAGAGGGGGAUAAUCUUCAAAGUCGUCAUUUGGUUGCAACUCUAGAAAAUUCACUAACAGAAAACGAAGACGAGUUACGUGUUGCUAAGCAACAAUUACAAUUUUUACAAAAAGAAAAGACAGAACUUUUAGAUCAAAUUAAAGCAUUGAGAUCACAGUUGGAUGAAACAACGGCCCAAUUUGAACACGCCAAAUCAUCGGUGUACGAAGAAAAGAAGGAUAUCGAAAAGGUGUUGGAAGUAGAGCGAAAAGCCAAAGAAAAUGCCGAGAAAGCGAGAAGGCAACUUGAAAGUCGGAUGGAAGAACUCAUGGCCAAGAAAAGCAAGUUCAUGUGCUUUUAA